AUGGCAUCCUGCGUCGCCAACAGCAUGAAGCCGGCUGCGACGGCGACUGCGACUGCGCACUGGGCGCUGCUUCGGCCCGCCUCGGCUGGGCUGCUGCUCCGCCCAUCUCCAUCGUCUCCAUCAUCCACCGUCUCUUCCUGCUCGUAUUAUAUCCACUCCGGCUGCCGACCUCUCCAUCCCCGGCGUUCGAGCACCCCUCUCCAAGCUACCGCGUCGCCGUCUCCGUCGUCGUCGCCACCAUCAGCUGUAGCUAUCGUCCCGGCUUCCGCUUCCGCUACCGCGUCCCAGGGCUACCGGCACGCCGCGCACACUCGCACCAUGGCUUCCACCAUCUGCACUUCUCCCUCGGAGUUGCGGCUCAAGAAUCCCGCCAUCUUAAUCUGCGAUAUGCAAGAAAAGUUCCGCAACGCCAUCUACCAAUUCGACAGCGUCGUCGCCACCGCAACCAAGCUUCUCAACUUUGCAAAAGCCGUCCACAUCCCCGUCCACGCAACGACGCAAACUGCUGCUAAACUAGGGCCCACCGUCCCCGCCAUUGCGGGCUUUCUCGCCUCGACGCCUCACGACAAGACCAAGUUUUCCAUGUUCAUCCCUCCUGUGGCCCAGGCCCUUCUCCCGCGCUCGCGGGUUGCGCUUGUUGGCAUCGAAUCCCACAUUUGCAUCACCCAGACGGCUCUCGAUCUCCGGGAUGCCGGACACACUCCUUACGUCAUCGCCGAUGCUGUGAGCAGCUGCAACCGGGCCGAAAUCAUCAUUGCCCUGGACAGAUUGCGCGCCGAGCCCGGUGUCAUUGUCACCACUUCGGAAAGCUGGAUGUAUGAGUGUACGGGAGACGCCGCGAAUCCUGCAUUCAGAAGCUUGAUUGGCGUCAUAAAGGGUUCUCUCGCGGACACAAGGAAAGUGCUCGAGACAUUGCCCCCUACACCCAAGGUUUAA